AUGAACGCUGCCUCUCUUCUGUUACUACCAUGUCUGCUUUCCAUGGUGAAUGCUCACGGGUACUUGACCAUCCCGUCGAGUCGUACGCGGCUUGGAUUUGAGGCUGGCAUCGAUACGUGCCCCGAAUGCUCCAUCCUGGAGCCUGUCACCGCCUGGCCUGACCUUGAAGCCGCCCAAGUCGGCCGAAGUGGGCCAUGUGGGUACAAUGCCCGAGUCAGUGUCGACUAUAACCAGCCCGGUGAUUACUGGGGAAAUACCGUGGUUGCUACGUAUACGGCCAACGAUAUUGUGGAAGUUCAAUGGUGUGUCGAUAACAAUGGUGACCAUGGCGGCAUGUUCACAUACGGUAUCUGUCAAAAUCAAACUUUAGUGGACUUGUUUUUGACCCCUGGUUAUCUUCCAACCACCGAAGAGAAACAGGCUGCUGAAGACUGUUUCUUAGAGGGUGAAUUGAAAUGUACGGAUGUCGACGGACAGACUUGUGGCUACAAUCCCGAUUGCACUUCAGAUCAAGCAUGCUACCGUAAUGACUGGUAUACGUGCAAUGCCUUCAAUGCUGAUACCAAUCGUGCAUGUCAAGGUGUAGAUGGCGCUGCACUGAACUCUUGUACCACCACUAUCGCGGGUGGCUACACAGUUACGAAGAAGAUCAAAAUCCCAGACUAUGACUCAGAUCACACACUGCUGCGGUUCCGGUGGAACUCUUAUCAGACAGCUCAAGUGUAUCUUCACUGUGCUGAUAUUGCUAUUUCCGGCUCUGGGUCAGGUUCGAGCACUAGUUCGAGCACCGCAACUACCGGUUCGGCAACAACCACUUCAACCACCAGGACAAGCACCACAACUUCGUCUUCGACAACAUGUACUGCUGCCACCACCGUUUCAGUGACCUUCGAUGAACUAGUGACCACAACAUACGGCGAGAACAUCUAUCUCACUGGAUCCAUUAGUCAGUUAGGCUCUUGGUCCACAUCCUCGGCAAUUGCUCUGUCCGCAAGCUCAUACACCUCUUCCAACCCUUUGUGGACAGUGACAAUGGACCUUCUCGCUGGCACUACAUUUGAGUAUAAGUUCAUCAAGAUAGAGACGGAUGGUAGCGUUGUCUGGGAAAGCGAUCCUAACCGGAGCUAUACCGUCCCAACUGGCUGUUCUGGACUCGAGACUGCUGUCAGCGCAACGUGGAGAUAG